AUGAAACGCGCCAAUGUUGUUGGUUUCCGCCUCCGCCAUUUUCCGGAACUCAGACUGUUUCAAACUUCUUCAGCACCCAAACCGAAACUUGAACCGAAAUCGUCACCAAAUGGGACAUCUUCUCACGAAAACUUGCUGGGUCAGGUAUUGGACACUUACCCAGAUCACAAAACCCUUAGAACUCUCCACUCCAGAAUCAUUCUGGAAGACCUACGCUGCGAUUCGUCUCUGGGCGUUAAACUCAUGAGAGCUUAUGCUUCUCUGAAAGAUGUGACGUCAGCACGCAAGGUGUUCGAGGAAAUUCCUGAGAGAAACGUGAUCAUCCUUAACGUCAUGAUCAGAAGCUAUGUGAAUAACGGGUUUUACCGCGAAGGUAUUCAAGUGUUUGCGACGAUGUGUGGCGGUAACGUUAGACCCGAUCAUUACACUUUCCCGUGCGUUCUAAAGGCGUGUUCUUGCUCUGGGAAUGUUGUCAUUGGGAAGAAGAUCCAUGGGUCCGCUACAAGAGUUGGGCUCUCUUCGACUCUGUUUGUUGGGAAUGGUUUAGUUUCUAUGUAUGGAAAGUGUGGAUUUUUAGCUGAAGCAAGGCUUGUUCUUGAUGAGAUGUUUAGGAGAGACGUGGUCUCUUGGAACUCGUUAGUUGCAGGGUAUGCGCAAAACCAGAGGUUUGAUGAUGCUUUGGAGGUUUGUAGAGAGAUGGAGUCUGUGAAGAUAAGCCACGACGCUGGCACGAUGGCUAGUUUGUUACCAGCGGUGACUAACACAGCGAUGGAUAAUGUUAUGUAUGUUAAAGAUAUGUUUUUGCAAAUGGGGAAAAAGAGUUUGGUUUCAUGGAAUGUGAUGAUCGGUGUGUAUAUGAAGAACGCGAUGCCUGUUGAAGCUGUGGAGUUGUAUUCUCGCAUGGAAGCUGAUGGGUUUGAGCCUGAUGCAGUCUCGAUCACAAGUGUGUUACCUGCUUGUGGUGAUACAUCUGCUUUAACUCUUGGUAGGAGAAUCCAUGGAUACAUCGAGAGGAAGAAGCUGAUACCAAAUAUGCUGCUAGAGAACGCGUUGAUCGACAUGUACGCGAAGUGUGGAUGUCUAGAGAGAGCGAGAGAUGUGUUUGAGAAGAUGAAGUCCCGUGACGUUGUGUCUUGGACGGCUAUGAUCUCGGCUUAUGGUUCCAGCGGGAAAGGCCGUGACGCCGUGGCGCUGUUUUCGAAAAUGCAAGAAUCGGGUCUCGUCCCUGAUUCGAUUGCGUUUGUCACAACGCUCGCUGCUUGUAGCCACUCAGGGUUGCUAGAAGAAGGUCGGAGUUGUUUCAGACUCAUGACAGAGCAUUACAAGAUUACUCCUAGGUUGGAGCAUUUUGCUUGUAUGGUGGAUCUUCUUGGGAGAGCCGGGAAAGUGAAAGAAGCUUAUGGAUUCAUACAGGAGAUGUCUAUGGAACCGAACGAGAGAGUUUGGGGAGCGUUGUUAGGAGCUUGUCGUGUGCAUUCUGAGACAGAGAUCGGUCUAUUAGCAGCUGAUAAGCUUCUUCAGUUAGCACCGGAGAAUUCAGGUCACUACGUACUGCUUUCUAACAUAUUCGCAAAAGCUGGAAAAUGGGAAGAGGUUACAAAUAUUAGGUAUUUGAUGAAGAGCAAAGGUUUGAAGAAGAAUCCAGGAGCGAGCAACGUUGAGGUCAAAGGAGAGAUUCAUACAUUCUUAGUAGGUGACAGGUCACAUCCGCAGUCCGAUGAGAUUUACAGAGAGCUGGAUGUUCUAGUAACGAAAAUGAAAGAGUUAGGGUAUGUUCCUGAUUCGGAAUCGGCGCUUCACGAUGUGGAAGAAGAAGAUAAGGAGACGCAUUUGGCUGUUCACAGUGAGAAAUUAGCCAUUGUGUUUGCUCUGAUGAACACAGAAGGAGAAGAAGAGAGUAAUGCCAUAAGAAUAACGAAGAACCUAAGGAUUUGUGGAGAUUGUCAUGCUGCAGCAAAGCUUAUCUCACAGAUAACUUCUCGUGAGAUCAUCAUCAGAGACACUAAUAGAUUUCAUGUGUUCCGGUUUGGUGUUUGCUCUUGUGGUGACUAUUGGUGA